UACAGCUGGAGAAAAAAGAACAAAAACUAACCAUCGAUCAGCCAUCUAAAGGAACAAGGAAAAAUUAUUCUUUCACAAAUGAAGAAGUAAGACAGAUUGAUCGGGAAAACCAAAGGUUGCUAAAAGAACUGUCCAGACAGUCUGCAAAGCCAAAAAGUACCACAUUGAAGAAGUCAGCUGUACCACCUCCUAAAUUGUACCACAGUGCCCUCAACAGGCAAAAGGAGCAGCAAAGAAUUGAAAGAGAAAACCUGGCUUUCCUGAAAAGAUUGGAAGCAGUGAAACCAACAGCUGGUAUGAGGCGUUCUGAACAAUUGAUGGACUAUCAGCGCCAGAUGAGUUAUCUAAAUUCUUCACCAUCUGUACGAAGAGGAAAAUCUGCUUUCAGCCAGCUUAGUCCUUCCAGAGGCACUUCAAGAGCAUCCGCUGUACCAAGUACAAUGAGCCAGAGGAAUGAAAAACCCGUGUCUGAUUCAGCCAGUGGCGCAUUACAGAGACCUAAACCCACUAACGUUCGUGCUGCUUGGUUAUAAGUGCGUUCUUUGCCUCGCAUUCUGAGAUGAUCCUCAGACUUCUAUUUUUAGUGUUUUUGUAAAUUCUAUGUGCAAAAAUAUUUUCUGCAUUGUUCAGUGAUGAAAAUGCAUUGCAUAUGAUAUAAUUGCUUAUAAAAUGGUUUUAAGUGAACACUUUCACUUCAGUCAGUGUUUUCCAUGACGGGAAGAACUUAUGAAGGAGGAGGUAUUUAAACAGACAAGUUAAAUAGAAAAUGCUAAUUAUUAUUUUAUUCUCAAAUCAUAAGUGGAGUUUGUAUCCAUAACAUGGAAGGACAGAAUUGCUGCACUAUAGGCACAAGAUGUA